AAUUCCAAGGGAAAGAGUUCAAAGGUGUCUUCGUAGACACUCCUGCUCUUUCCCAUCCCUACCUCACAGAUGCAGUAAGCAGUCUCAGGUGAGAGAUGGCAGGCUCUGGUGAGCGCAAAGGCAAGAAGGAUGACAAUGGCAUCGGCACGGCCAUUGAUUUUGUGCUCUCCAAUGCCCGGCUGGUGCUGGGGGUGGGCGGAGCAGCCAUGCUGGGCAUCGCCACGCUGGCAGUUAAGCGGAUGUACGAUAGGGCGAUCAGUGCCCCUACCAGCCCCACCCGCCUGAGCCAUUCAGGGAAGAGGAGCUGGGAAGAACCGAACUGGAUGGGCUCGCCCCGACUGCUGAAUAAAGAAAUGAAGACAGGCCUGAGCCGGUCCCUGCAGACCCUUCCCACAGACUCCUCAGCCUUUGACGCAGAUACAUUCUGCCCGCCCCGGCCCAAGCCAUUGGCCAGGAAGGGCCAGGUAGACUUGAAGAAGUCACGGCUCCGCAUGUCCCUGCAGGAGAAACUUCUUACUUACUACCGGAACCGGGCGGCCAUCCCUGCUGGCGAGCAGGCUCGGGCCAAGCAAGCUGCCGUGGACAUAUGUGCCGAGCUCCGGAGCUUCCUGCGGGCCAAGUUGCCGGACAUGCCGCUCCGGGACAUGUACCUGAGUGGCAGCCUCUAUGACGACCUGCAGGUGGUGACAGCUGACCACAUCCAACUCAUCGUGCCCCUGGUGCUGGAGCAGAACCUGUGGUCGUGUAUCCCUGGUGAGGACACCAUCAUGAACGUCCCCGGCUUCUGCCUGGUUCGCCGUGAGAACCCAGAGUAUUUUCCUCGCGGUAGCAGCUACUGGGACCGCUGCGUAGUAGGGGGCUACCUUUCCCCCAAGACGGUGGCAGACACAUUUGAGAAGGUAGUGGCUGGCUCCAUCAACUGGCCAGCCAUAGGGUCCCUCUUGGACUACGUGAUCCGACCGGCACCACCCCCAGAAGCCCUGACUUUGGAAGUGCAGUAUGAGCGCGACAAGCAUCUCGUCAUUGACUUCCUGCCGUCGGUGACCCUCGGCGACACCGUCUUGGUAGCCAGACCACACCGGCUGGCCCAGUACGACAACCUAUGGCGGCUGAGCCUGCGGCCCGCAGAGACGGCUCGCCUGCGGGCUCUGGACCAGGCCGACUCGGGCUGCCGAUCUCUGUGCCUCAAGAUCCUCAAGGCCAUAUGCAAGUCCACUCCGGCUCUGGGCCACCUCACUGCCAGCCAGCUCACCAACGUCAUCCUCCACUUGGCCCAGGAGGAGGCUGACUGGUCUCCGGAUAUGUUGGCCGACCGAUUCUUGCAGGCCUUGAGGGGACUCAUCAGCUACCUAGAGGCCGGAGUCCUGCCCAGUGCCCUGAACCCCAAGGUGAACUUGUUUGCAGAGCUCACUCCUGAAGAAAUAGAUGAAUUGGGAUAUACUCUCUAUUGCUCCUUGUCUGAGCCGGAGGUGCUGCUGCACACGUAGGGCAGGUGAAGGCCAAAGUGGACGUCAGGCGGUCAGACCCUGGCUUCUCCGUUAGAAACACGUGGCUGCACAGCUGGUGCCUCACAGGGUCCCUAGGUGCCUCCUAUCUUGCUGGUCAUCGCCCCGGUCACUUCAUGCUGAUUAGAAUGCCAUCUCUUUGCCUCCUCUUUUCUCACCCAGCCCUUUCUAUUUUUGUUACCAAACACUGUGCACCUACUCCUCCCCGCCCCCUCGCUCCAGGCUGACUUUUCUGGAAUGAAUUGAGAAGGUGAAGCACUGGCCUGACCUGAGCUGCUGUUGUGCAGUUUGGCCCAGGUUUUCUGCUCCUGUCUGCCCUUUGGCCUGUUUUCUUUCCAGUGUCUCCUCUGUCUGUUCCUCUUGUUCACGCCUUCUGUUUUGCUUUUCUCCCUGGAGCAUAUCUGCCCGUCAAGAUGUUGCCUUUGAGUUGAAUGUCACCGAAGAGUUCUGAUCGGCACGUUUCCGAGCUGAGCUCUGCAGAGUGAGCGCUCAGACACUAUUUAGAAUUUCUGGGGUUAAAACCGGGAGAAGAGCUGGCUCUUGACCCAGGUCCCUGGAGAAGCAGCCCAUGUCCCCCACGUCCUGACCACCUCAGAUUCCUAAGUGCUGAGAAGGUCCCUCCUGGGAACACGGUUACUGACCCACGCAGGAGUGAGGCUCAAGAUAAACUGGUUGCAAAGUUGCCUGGAGAUUGUGUUUUUUAGUGGCCAUCUGUGAGGGUGCCGCGGGGGAGCUGGAGGUGGUGAGGAGGGCCUGGGGAGGGUGCGUGUGCCUGGUGUCUAGACCUCCCCUUUGGCUGGUCCGGAUCAGCUGCGAGAGCGGAGUGGCAGGAGGACAGGAGGAGGACGAGGGAGGGAAGGGGCUGCCUGCCGGGGCACCGCCCCCCCUGCACAAGUGCUGUUGUUCAGCCCCUUCCUUGCUUCUUGCCAAUUAGGACGAAGCCUUCGAGGACACAGCCUUGGGGGAGGUUGACAGGUGUCAACGCUAACUGGAAAAUCCAGUCACCAGUCGAGGCUUGGUGACGGAGUUUCUCCCCCAUCAGGCCCUGCCUCUCUAGGAUGCUGCCUCAGAGCAGGAACCGGCCCAAAGCCAGCCCUUCCUUCCCCAGCUUCUGCCACAGGAACGUGAGAGCCGUGCGUGCCGAGCCCCCUAGGCACCGUCGAAGGGCGAGCAGACUUGCGCUGACCUCUUCCCCGUCCUGUCUCAGCCCACUCCUGGGGAGACUGGUGCUACCUAGGGAGAGAGUUCGUGUAUAAAACACGGCGGGGGGGGGGGGGGUGUUGGUGCAGCUUGCUCCGCCCCCUCUUAUUUCCAGCUGCUAAAACUGCGCUGUGUGUAUUGCAAAGUAUCCUGAGAGUGGGGAGGAGUAUUUAAUACACGACGUCUGUGCGUCUUGUGUCAUGCUUUUGUCCUGUCCGUGGCAAGAAGCCAGUAAUAAUUGUUUCUGAUCUGCCCAUCCAGUAUUUUGUUAUCCCAUCAAGUUUUAUUAUUUUUUCUAUUCUUCCUACCUCUCCAUCGGUGAGAUUCUGGUGAAGCUCUCCACAGCUGUCUCGUUCUUUCCCAACGACAGCAGCAUGAAAUGACUCUAAAGUAGCAUUGAACCCUCAGCUACCUUUGAAUUUAGGGUAGACGGUCCUGCCCCCUUUUUGUCAUGGGUUAGGAGGGUAAACUAGGGUUAACCUCGACUCCAUUGGGAAAAAUUUCCUGCUCCUAUAUAUGCAGAGGUUCCUUAAAGUGGCUCAGCUCUUUCAUUUGUAUGAAGCUCCUGAGAGAGAAUGAAACAUAAAAAGCCCGGAACCCUGAGAGAGAUUCUCCACCCUGGCUGUUCAUCAGAGUCAAAUUAGGGCUUAAAGAAAAUCUCUGUGCCUGAGUGCUGCCCUCGGUGACUGGCCUGGAGGGGAUGGGGUGGAGCCUGACCUUGGUGGUUCCGGAGCACGGAGCUCGCUUCUCCGAUCCAUUAGAGGGAAAGGAGAAGGGAGGCUGCAAAAGAGUGGGUUAGUCUUCAUUGAGGUAAAGCAGUCGGUUUUCCCAAUGUAUUACAGAGUCUAGUUUUCUCAAGCUGGCAUCUCUGACCAAAUUGCAUGUAAAGCAUUGGAAGGAGAGCUGGAAAGAAACAAAAGAUUUUAAAGACUUAAGCCCAGAUUAUCAAAGCCAAGUGUAACUGCCAUUUGGUUUUAUCUCUUUUCUUAAAGAGCAACACGAGGGCAUCUCUGUCUCUUAACUGUGUUUCACAAAACCCAAAACCGUGGCUUUCCCAUUUCACAAGCAAGAACCACCUGGAAGUCCUCAGAACAAGAAGCAGUGGAGAUUCUUGGCCCUGGUCCUAGUGGGUUUGGUGACUGAGACUGGGCAAGCCGUGUAAAACGUGGAAGAUUGUCCAGUGUGUUGAGGUUCUUGGAUGGAAGAGGACAACAUCCUGCACCCCCUCCUGAUUGUUUUCAUCUUUGGGGAAGGACGUCGUGCCUUUCCCCACCACUCUCCUGCCUAUGUACCCAGUAACUCCCACCUUUGCCUGAAGUCAUGGCACCAGCUCCUACUUCUCUGGAAAUUUUUUUGCACCAUUUAUGUUAGCAAACCACAGAGUUAGCCUAAUGCUUAAAAAUAUACUCAUU